AUGGACCAGUCGUCCUCUACGAACGAGCCUAACGCUGCUGCGAUUUACGAUGCACGGAGACGUCGCGGCUCUGUGGGUACCACCCAGCUCUUCGAUAACAUUGUGUCUACAUCGAACUUCAACCGGGACGAAGUGGAUCGCCUGCGCAAACGGUUCAUGAAGUUGGAUAAGGAUGCCUCUGGCACUAUCGACCGUGAUGAGUUCCUCUCCCUACCCCAGGUCUCGUCCAACCCGCUCGCCACGAGGAUGAUCGCCAUCUUCGACGAAGACGGUGGCGGUGACGUCGACUUCCAGGAAUUCGUGACCGGCUUGUCAGCAUUCAGCUCGAAGGGCAACAAGCUAGAGAAACUGCGAUUCGCAUUCAAGGUGUACGACAUUGACCGUGACGGCUAUAUUUCCAACGGCGAACUGUUCAUCGUCCUGAAGAUGAUGGUCGGCAAUAACCUCAAGGACGUGCAACUGCAGCAGAUCGUCGACAAGACAAUCAUGGAGGCUGAUAAGGAUCAGGAUGGAAAGAUUAGCUUCGAGGAGUUCACGGAUAUGGUGGAGAAUACAGACGUGAGCCUCAGCAUGACUCUGAAUCAAAUAUGAUUGCCCUUCUCACUGGUUGAGUGGCG